ACCCCAACUGUCUAUUUAUUUAUUUUGAAAAGUGAAAACAAAAGAAAAGCUACUCAAAAACGUUGCUAGAGCAAUUUUAAAAACAAAAGCACCAAACGCAAAAUUAAAUAAAAAUAAACAAAAAACAGAGGUGACUUCUUAAAAAAAAAAAGAUCGCCGUGCGCGUGCCCGCAACCUAUUAGCACGAGCUCGCAGAUGAGCACAGGAGGAUGACUGCGGCUGCGCGAAACCAAGCUUACCUUCUCUGUGAACAGGCGGAAUUGAAGUUGCUGUUUCGCGGAUGGGGGGGAAAAGAGCAUGUAAUGUGACGAGCUUGCGAGUACAAAUUGGAAUAAAUACUUGGAAAACAAAAAUAGCGGUAGCUCUGGAUUUCAAAACGUCACAGAAUUGACGUGGUCCGGUUUUGUGUUUAUUUUAUUUUCCACAUUUGAAAAAAAAAAAAAAACAACCUACUCAAUUCGUGUUUGGGCCAGAGCACCCGGCUGUGCGUGUCUGUCUCCGGAGCUGAGGGUCAGCAGCCGCUCCCCCAACCUUAUCGACAACUGAGUGAGGACGACUGGAGACGGGAGUUACAGGCUUCAUUUUUAACUGUUCAUUUUGUUUUAGUUUUAUAAUCCUAAAUUCCACAGAGAGUUUCGUUUACAUGUAAGCUUUUGACUCCGUUAUUGCCAACUGGGUGAAGGUGGAAGACCUCUUGCGGUAUUCACCGUCUAAACAGAGGCUUGAAUGCGUUUUUAUGAUAAUAUACAGGAAUCUAAUGAAAAUAAUAUACAGUAUUUGUUUUUUCUUUUUCUUUUGGUUAAAACCAAAGUAUCGAUUUUAGUUAGGGUACAUUCUAAAUGUUUUUCUUUACUCGUUGAUCUGCUACAUGCCAGAGAAAAACCCAGUCAGUGUCAUGAGAUUUUUCUCUUUAUUUGCAUAGCUAAACAUGGUGUACAUUUUUUUUUAAAUUAAUAUUUUAUUUGUAAUACAAACAUUUAUUCUUGAUAUAUAGCUCUAAUAAAUUCAAAGAUCACUCGUUGGAUUUUUUUUUUUUUUUUAAAUAAACUUAAAGUAAAACACCUUAAAAAUGUCAUUUUUCAACUUUCGCAAGAUUUUUAAGUUGGGAGGGGAAAAGAAGAAAAAACAAUAUGAACAUGUCAAUAGGGAUGUAAAUCCCGAAGACUUCUGGGAAAUCAUUGGAGAACUGGGAGAUGGUGCCUUUGGGAAAGUGUACAAGGCCCAGAAUAAACAAACUGGGACCCUUGCUGCUGCAAAGGUGAUUGAUACAAAGACAGAAGAGGAGCUUGAAGACUACAUGAUAGAAAUUGAUAUUCUAGCAUCAUGUGACCAUCAGCACAUAGUAAAACUACUGGAUGCCUUCUACUACGAAAGUAAACUAUGGAUCCUGAUCGAGUUCUGUGCAGGAGGAGCUGUAGAUGCAGUGAUGUUGGAGCUGGAGAGGCCUCUAACAGAGCCACAGAUCCGGGUGGUUUGUAAACAGACUUUGGAAGCAUUGUGUUACCUCCAUGAUAUCAAGGUCAUUCACAGAGAUCUAAAGGCUGGGAAUAUUCUUCUUUCAAUAGACGGAGAUAUUAAACUUGCUGACUUCGGAGUAUCUGCUAAGAAUACUAAAACGCUGCAGAGAAGAGACUCCUUUAUUGGAACACCAUAUUGGAUGGCUCCAGAAGUGGUAAUGUGCGAGACUUCCAAAGACAGGCCAUACGAUUACAAAGCUGAUAUUUGGUCAUUAGGUGUCACAUUAAUUGAAUUGGCAGAGAUAGAACCCCCUCAUCAUGAGCUUAAUCCAAUGAGAGUUUUGCUGAAAAUAGCUAAGGCGGAGCCUCCUACUCUGUCACAGCCAUCUAAAUGGUCUGCAGAGUUCAAGGAUUUUCUUAGGAAAGCUUUAGAUAAGAAUUUAGACAACAGAUGGAACGCCAAUCAGCUGUUACAGCAUCCAUUUGUGACAAGUGUUGUUGACAACAAGCCACUUCGAGAGCUGAUAGCAGAGGCUAAAGCAGAGGUGACAGAGGAGAUUGAGGAGGGUAAAGAAGAGGAGGAUGACGAAGAACAUGAUCCACAGCUACUUGUGCCUGGACACAAACGCGCACCAUCAGAUGCCAGCAUUGCGAGUUCAGAGGAUGAGAAGCUCUCGCAGUCUGCUUCAAUUCUGGAGUCUGUGUCUGAGAAAAUUGAGCCUGACCGUACAGAGGACAAAGCCAGUGACAAACUCUCAGAUGAGGGUAUAAGCACCAGUGAAGCUGAUAAGACGGAGGAUGAAAAAUUGAAUGAGAACAACAUUUCAGACACCAGUAUUGAAGAUUUGAGCAGGGAAGAGCUCCUGGCUGAGGCAGAAGAAAUGGCAACUGCUGAAGGAGAAGAAGAGCUUAUUGCUAAGCUACCCAGUGCUUCACAGGAAGAAAAAGCUGAGAUGAACACUGUGGCAGAUACUGAAGAGGAGACCAAACAAAACAAAGAAGAGAAAACAAUUAAGGUAAAGCAAGUACCAGAAAUCACAACUGAAGAAGAAAAAGAUAUUUCAGAACCUAAAGAAGAUGGCAAAGGUGAAAAUAGUCAGAAAGAUGCAGAUUCUGAAGGAAUUAAAGCAGCUGAAUGUGUGGAAGAACCUACUGUAAAACCAGCACAAGAAGCUAAGGAAAAUGAAAAUAAGGAUUUUGAGGUAGAGGGCUGUAAAGCCAUUGAUGUGAAUGCACAGAUAGAUAUAAAUAAAGGAGAAUCACCACAAGAAGUAACCCCUGAGAGGGGGCAAGUGGCAGUUGAGAGUUGCACUGAACAGGUGCAAAAAGACAAGGUUAGCAACAUUGAACAUCCUCAGGAGCCUUCUGUGGAUGCACCAGAGCAAGCCCACAAAGAGGCUGCUGAUGAGGCAGGCAAAGAAAUCCAAAGUAUUACAGCUGUACAAAAUGAAACAGAAAUCCCAGAGAGCACAGUCGCCGUAGCUUCCAGUAUCACUGCUGACAGAGAAAAGGAUGAAGACAAGGCAGCCAUACCAGAGGAAGCAAAAUCAGCAGCCAUUCCCAGUGUCGAUGAAGUUAAGGCCAGUGCAGAAAGCUCUGAGAAAAUGAAAACUCCAAAGCAGCUUGAGCCUGAGAAAGUUAAAGAAAAGGACAAAGAUUCAGACUCCGGCAGCAGCUCUGCUGCUGAUAAUAACAGUGUUGAUCUUAACUUGUCCAUCUCAAGCUUUCUAACCAAAAACAAGGAGGGAUCCAUUUCUCUUCAGGAAACCAGAAGACAGAAGAAAACGUUGAAGAAGACACGUAAAUUUAUGGUUGAUGGGGUAGAAGUUAGUGUGACAACAUCAAAAAUAGUCACUGAUAAUGAUACAAAGAAUGAAGAAAUGAGAUUUUUAAGACGUCAGGAGCUGCGGGAGUUGAGAUUGCUUCAGAAAGAAGAACAGAAGGCCCAACAGCAGCUGAGCAACAAACUGCAGCAGCAGCGUGAGCAGAUAUUCCGGCGCUUUGAACAGGAGAUGACGAGUAAGAAACGUCAGUAUGACCAGGAAAUCGAAAACCUAGAGAAACAACAGAAACAGACGAUUGAGCGACUGGAACAAGAUCAUACAAAUCGGCUGCGGGAUGAAGCAAAACGCAUCAAAGUAGAACAAGAGAAGGAACUGUCCAAAUUCCAGAACAUGCUGAAAAACCGCAAAAAGGAGGUAAAAAAUGAAGUGGAAAAUGCACCCAAAGAGCAGAGAAAAGAGCACAUGAAACACUUGAAAGAGGAACUAGAAAAAUUCCAGCAUGCUCAGGGUGUCGCCCAGGUUAUGAUUCAGUCUUUUCAGUUGUCCUCAUGUACACUCUUCAACGCUCAGAUGCAGGAUGAACAGGAGUUUUUGCAGAAACAGCAACAGGAACUGGAUUCGGCCCUGAAGAAAAUCAUACAGCAGCACAAGCUUGAGAUUGCCACCAUUGAGCGGGACUGCUUGAACCACAAACAGCAGCUUAUGAGAGCACGAGAAGCAGCAAUAUGGGAGCUGGAAGAGCGCCAUCUGCAGGAGAAACACCAACUCCUGAAACAGCAGCUGAAAGACCAAUACUUUAUGCAGAGACACCAGUUGCUAAAGAGGCAUGAAAAGGAAAUGGAGCAAAUGCAUAGGUAUAACCAACGAUUGAUUGAGGACCUAAAGAGCAGGCAGACUCAAGAAAGAGGCAGGCUGCCAAAAAUCCAGCGCAGUGAAGCCAAGACCCGCAUGGCAAUGUUCAAGAAGAGCCUUCGAAUCGCAUCAUCUGGAUCGCCAGAGCAGGACAGGGAGAAAAUCAAACAGUUUGCUACUCAGGAGGAGAAGAGGCUGAAGAAUGAGAGGCUGCAGCAGCAUCAGAAACAUGAGAACCAGAUGAGGGAUCUUCAACUACAGUGUGACACUAACAUUAGAGAACUGCAGCAGCUGCAGAAUGAGAAGUGCCAUCUGCUGAUUGAACAUGAAACACAGAAGCUUAAAGAACUUGAUGAGGAGCACAGUCAGGAGCUGAAAGACUGGAGAGAGAUGCUCCGUCCAAGGAAGAAGGCUUUGGAAGAAGAAUUUGCAAGAAAGCUGCAAGAACAAGAAGUGUUUUUCAAGAUGAGUGGAGAGUCAGAAUGCCUUAACCCGUCAGCACAAAGCCGGAUUUCUAAAUUCUACCCCAUUCCCAGCCAGCACUCCACAUGAUCAUGACCAAAAACAGGAGCUGUCGCAAUAUUAUAACCCACGGGAGCACCCCUUAAAACAAAGAAGACUGAUGGUAACAUCAUGGAACCUCUGCUGCCGGUCACCUUCUCCAUGGAUGACAAUCAGUCUAAUUAUCUGAACACUUGAAUUAAAUGUCUAGUCUUUAGUAUUCCUGGAAUAAGCUGAAAUGGCCACAGAAACUGAAAUUUGUAUUUCAGUCUGAGCUGGCACAGGUUUUAAGUAAAGCAUUUUAUUUCCCCCUCUUUCAAUUCCUCUACCAACCCUGUAAAGUUCCUUUUGAAUUAGAAAAGGCUAUGUUUUUACAGUGUUUUAAAGUCCUUUUAAAAAUACGGAAAUUAGCAAAUUUGAAAACACAGCAAAUAGUACAAAGCAAACUAUACUCAAACAAAAUUAAAUACAUAAUGAAGUACCAUUUAAUAAUACCUUAAAAUACACCAACAGUAUUUCAUGUGCUUGUUUUGUUUGUCUUCUUUAAAAAAAAAAAAGAAACCAGUGC